AUGGCUCGCAAGAAGGUGGCCCUCCGGCGGAUCCCCAAUGACACGGCCCGGCGCACCACCUUUAGAAACCGCCACAAUGGCCUGGUUAAGAAGGCGAGCGAGCUGGCCACGCUCUGCAAUGUCAAGGCUUGUGUGAUUGUGUAUGGUGAGGGAGAAGUGCAACCUGAGGUAUGGCCAUCCGUUGCUGAGGUGGUACCCAUCCUGCAUCGAUAUAAGGCCAUGCCUGAUAUUGCACAAUGCAAGAAGACUAUGACCCAGGAGGGCUUGCUCCGCCAGCGCAUGGACAAGCUCAGAGAGCAGAUCCAGAAGGCGAGGCACGAGAAUCACAAGCGCCACACCGCGUCCCUAGUGCACAAUGCCAUGCUUGGUCGCCUCCCGGGACUCGAGGGCCUCGCUGUCGAGGAGGUCACCAAUGUUGGUUGGAUGGUGCAAAUGAACCUCAAAAGCCUUGGUGAGCGCAUUGCGAAUCUCCAAGCACUGGCAGCGCUCGGGGCCCGCGCUCAGCCGGCUCCCUCUUUGACGUAUGAGCAGCAGGUGCCGCACCAGGAGACCUGGAUUGACAUGGUUCGGGCCCCCCUGUUCCAUAGUAGGUUUACUAAUGGCAAUGAUGCCAGAAGCAGCACACCCAACAACAAUAUGGCCAAUACCAGCGCAAGUGGAGGGUUCUCAUGGAAAUGGCAUGCUGAUCCAAGUGCUUCUAGUUCGUCUUUCCAACCCAUGAUCUUUAAGGAUCAACUCCAAGUUCCUUUCUCAUUCGAGAUCACUACUCUUGCAUCCUGGAGCAUUUGGAAAAUUAGAAAUGACUUCAUAUUCAAUGGGGUGCAGCCAUCCCUCUACGGGUGCAAUUGA